AUGCCAACCCAUUUUUCAAAUGACCCCCCACAGGUCAUCAAUCAAGAUGACCUGCACAUUGCCAACUCACGUCUAGAAGGAUCAACAGACCACAGCCCUUCCAGCGGUGAUGAGCGCACCGUCCACAACGCCAGCGGCGGCGGCCUCGAGAAGAUGGGCACCUACGACAAGUACGAGAUCACAGAGGAUGACUGCUACGAAGAGCUGGGCUACUCAUUCCCCAAGUGGAAGAAGUGGUACAUCCUCACCGUCAUCUUUUGGGUUCAGGUCUCGAUGAACUUCAACACUUCGCUGUACUCCAAUGCCAUUCCUGGUAUUUCGGAGGAGUUUGGCGUGAGUGCACAAGGAGCCCGGUGCGGAGCCAUGAUCUUUCUCGUCCUCUACGCCUUUGGCUGUGAGCUCUGGGCUCCUUGGUCGGAAGAGUUUGGUCGUUGGCCAAUCAUGCAGGCAUCACUGUUUCUCGUCAACAUCUGGCAGCUGCCCGUUGCCCUUGCGCCCAACUUUGCUUCCAUCAUGGUUGGUCGGGCGCUUGGCGGCUUGUCGUCUGCUGGUGGGUCUGUGACGCUGGGUAUGAUUGCCGAUAUGUGGGAGGCGGAUAAUCAGCAGUAUGCUGUUGCGUAUGUGGUGUUUUCUUCGGUUGGUGGAUCAGUGCUUGGUCCCAUCGUUGGUGGUUUCACGGAGCAGUUUCUCGACUGGAGGUGGUCCAUCUGGAUCCAGCUCAUCCUGGGAGGCUUCAUCCAAAUCGUCCACUUCUUCACCGUCCCCGAGACCCGAAGCACCAUCCUCAUGAACCGCAUCGCCAAGAAGCGCAGAAAGGAGACCAACGCCAACAUCUGGGGUCCCGACGAGCUCGUCCCCUUCCGAGACCGUUUCUCAGCCAAGGAGAUUCUCAUCACCUGGACCCGCCCCUUCAAGAUGUUCCUCACCGAGCCUAUCGUGCUGGUCCUUUCUCUGCUCUCCGGCUUCUCUGAUGCCCUCAUCUUUAUGUUUAUCCAGUCUUUUGCUCUGGUUUAUGCGCAGUGGGACUUCUCGACCAUUGCGGUCGGUCUUUCGUUUAUUCCCAUUGGCAUUGGAUACCUGAUUGCUUGGCUUGCUUUUAUCCCUGCCAUCUGGAAGAAUGUCAAGGAGCGAAAGGAGAAGCCGCAUGAUGAGAGGGCUCAAUACGAGUCUCGUCUGUGGUUCUUACUUUACACUGCUCCCUGCCUGCCAAUUGGCCUGAUUGGGUUUGCUUGGACAAUCCAGGGUCCUCCUAUCCAUUGGAUUGGAUCCAUGAUUUUUGCUGCAAUUGUGGGAAUCGCCAACUACUCCAUCUACAUGGCCACCAUCGACUACAUGAUUUGCGCCUAUGGACCCUACUCUGCUUCAGCAACCGGUGGCAACGGCUGGGCUCGAGAUUUCCUCGCUGGUGUCUUGACCGUCCCCGCCACGCCGUUCUUCCAAAACAUUGGAAAGUCAUCCGGAAAGAACCUCGAAUACGCCUCAACGAUUCUAUUUUGUAUCUCUUUCGUGCUUGUAGUUGCCGUGUACGUCAUCUACUGGAAGGGUCCAGCUCUGCGAAAGAGGUCGCCGUUUGCCCAACGGUUGGCGGAUGAGCGACAGGAAGUGCAGGCCGAGGGUCGUCGUGGAAGCAUCGCCUAUGAUACUAGGCGGAGGAGCUCAGCUGCGUCUGCGGAUGUUGAGCGUCCCGUAUACCCCCGUCAGUACAGCAACUCGCAUCGUUUCUUUGGUGAGAGUCGUGUUACUCCUCGCCAUACGCCCCGUGGCACCCCUUCAGCCAGUCGGGCCAACAGUGUCCACAACGUCAGGAGGUAA